GCGACCGACAACAACAACCCUAAACAAAAAUGUCCAUGUUAAUUGAGUGGAGAGCACUGACUUCGCAUCAAAACACCUGCGCUACUAUCAAAACAUAACUGAUUGGAUUAAAGAAGUAGAUACCUUCGAAAGCCUCUUCACAAGCAAGAUUAUAGCAAGCCUGAUAGUGGACAAGUCGGCGAUAAAUCAGCACUUAUCUUCAGCCUUUUCAAGCCCAAAAGAUUAGAGCAAAAUCACAGAGAAGUAAGACGACAUGGUUCGCCCUUCCAUCCCAACUUCUGGAAAUCUUGUCGCUGAUGAUCAAAUCUGGAAGGACCAUAUUCACCAUGAACAUAGUGCUGCUAAACGCUGGCCAGAAAACUGGGGUUUUCUUUCAGAUAUGAGCAGAGAAAUAGCCGGAGAAGCUCCAGACACCCAAAAUGAUGAGCCGGCAGCAAUAAGAAUCAAGAAUAGAAGGGAGGCAUUGAAGUUGCCUCCCAUUGAUCAGAGUGCAUUAACUCAACUCUCUGUGGGAAAACCAACACAAAGUGUGCCAAAAACCACAUCAAAGAUGAUUGGAUGGAGGAGCUCGGAGCAGCAGUGCCAGCUAGAGCGAUAUGGGAGAUACACAAAAAAGCAGCAAAACUUUCUAAAAUCCAUGAAAUGGCCAUUAGAGUCAAUCAUCUAGGGUUUUUCUAAGGGAACUGAGGUAAUAUGUUUUUAGCAUUGGAGCUGGGAGUUCAAAUGGCAGUGCUGCAGAGGUCUUUAAAUAGAGGGUUUGCCUCUGUAUUUAUACCGAGACAUAAAAUGAAUCUUCAGAAGGCUGAAGGGUACAAAUUUCUACUGACAGUAGGCUUAUUGCAAUUUGUUGCUUAAGUUAUAACUUACAAAACCUUAACCAAGUUUGGUAGGGUCAUUCCUUUCUUAACUGAGACAAUUUUUGGUAUUAGCAUUGUAUUUUGAUAUUCUUUGACCUACAUAAACAUUAGAAUUAUUACUUAGAUAACUCUCAAAUACGACUAAUUCAAAAAAAUCAGAGAUUUUGAGAAGGGGCAACAACCCACACCCUAGGUAUUUAUGUGCCUGCUUCUAUAGAUAUAUUGGUAGUAUCAAAUUUGGAAUAAUUAAGAAAUAAAGACAAAAUGGAUAGCUUAAAUGGAGCUGUACCUGUAUGAAGACACUUCCAUCAUCUCUGCAAAUACUGAUUAUCACCACCAUUUGCAGUGAAAAGCUCCAAUAUGAAUCAGAUCUAAAAACUGUUCUCCUGGGUUUCCUUCUUUCAUAAAUUCAAAAAGAAUGUGGCACUUUUAGUAUGGCAGCAUCCCAAGCUAACUUAUUAUUUCAUAAAUUAGCUCUCUUUUUCUUAUACUUUAAAAAGCUAAAAUAAAUUUGUUAUACCUGUAUUUAAACUCAUUUUUAAAUAUAAAUAUGCAAACAAUUUACAUUGUCAAUUGAUUUUUACUGUUACUGUUACUAUUGUUGUAUUGCUUGAGUAAACUUUUGA